AUGGUUAAUCUCCUGCCUUGUGGGUUCACAGGCACGUGGUCCUUCUCAGUGUCGGAGCUGGCCAUCCCAGGGGCAGAGAUCGGCCGCAUCUCAGCCACAGACGCAGACCUGGGGGAGAACGCACGGCUGGUCUACAACAUCCUGGACGGAGAGUCAGGAGACACCUUCAACAUCAGUGCAGUGAACCAAGAGGCCGUCAUCACACUCAACAAGGGACAACGAUCUUAUCUUAAAUGA